GGGGCCGGGCGCGGCUGCGGUGUGGGGCGGUUGGGCAGCGCGGGCUCCGGGGCCUGAGGAGCCGGCGGCGCCAUGGAGGGCGGCGGAGGAUCAGGGCGCAGUGGCCGGGACAAGAAGAAGGGGAAGGGGCCAGAGGAGUCGGCGGCAGGAUCUGGGGACCCCGGCAAGUCAAAGAAAUUCACUUUGAAGCGGCUGAUGGCGGAUGAGCUGGAGCGAUUCACCAGCAUGCGGAUAAAAAAGGAGAAGGAAAAAUCCAAUGCGGCUCAUAGGAAUUCGUCUGCUUCCUAUAAUGAUGUUCCUAGUGCAGGCCAGGUGCUGCAGGACAUUACAGAUCAGGAGGUGCUGGGCCUCUUUGAACAGAUGCUGGUCGAUAUGAAUCUGAAUGAGGAGAAGCAGCAGCCUCUGAGGGAGAAGGACAUAAUAAUCAAGAGGGAGAUGGUGUCCCAAUAUCUACAUACCUCCAAAGCUGGCAUGAGUCAGAAGGAGAGCGCCAAGUCAGCCAUGAUCUAUAUCCAGGAGCUGAAAUCAAAUCUCAGGGAUGCCCAAUUGCUCGGUUGUUUGGAGUCUCUGCGAGUGUCGCUCAACAACAACCCUGUCAGCUGGGUACAGAAUUUUGGGGCUGAGGGCCUCAACUGUCUGCUGGACAUAUUAAAAAGGCUCCAUGAUGAGAAGGACGAGGCACCCAGCUCCUAUGACACCCGAAGCAAACAUGAGAUCAUCCGAUGCCUGAAGGCUUUCAUGAACAACAAGUUUGGAAUCAAGACAAUGCUGGAAACGGAGGAGGGGAUCUUGCUGUUGGUGAGAGCUGUUGACCCCAAAGUCCCUACCAUGAUGAUAGAUGCUGUGAAGCUGCUGUCUGCUCUCUGUAUCCUGCCUCAGCCCGAGGACAUGCAUGAGCGAGUUCUGGGGGCACUGACAGAGCGAGCAGAAGUGGACGAGGUGGAGCGAUUCGGUCCCUUGUUGGAUGGUUUAAGGGGCGGAACCUCUGUGGCACUGAAGGUAGCCUGUAUGCAGCUGAUCAAUGCCCUUAUCAUCCCUGCUGAUGAGCUCGACUUCCGAGUUCAUAUUCGAAGUGAACUGAUGCGUUCUGGGUUGCAGCUCAUCCUUACGGAACUGCGGAAACUGGAGAAUGAGGAACUGAAGGUGCAGCUGAGUGUAUUUGAAGAACAUGGUGAGGAGGAUUCUGAAGACCUCAGGAGCCGCCUUGAGGACAUUCGCAUUGAAAUGGAUGAUUUCAGUGAAGUCUUCCAGAUUCUCCUCAAUACAGUAAAGGAUUCCAAAGCAGAGCCAUUCUUUCUGUCCAUCCUGCAGCACCUUCUGCUGAUCCGCAACGAUUAUGAAGCCAGGGCUCAGUACUAUAAGCUAAUUGAUGAAUGCAUUUCCCAGAUAGUUCUGCAUAAGAAUGGUGCUGAUCCAGACUUCAAAUGCAAGCACCUCAACAUUGACAUCGAGGGAUUAAUAGAUAACCUGAUUGAUCAAACGAAGGUGGAGAAAAGUGAGGCUAAAGCAGUGGAGCUGGAGAAAAAGCUGGACUCAGAACUGACUGCACGGCAGGAGCUUCAGGUUGAAAUGAAGAAGAUGGAAAGUGACUUUGAAAAGAAACUCCUGGAUUUAGAUGCAGAGAAGCAAUUCCUGGACAAGGAGAAACAACAAAUUACCCUAGAGAAGCAGAGUUUAGAAGAUGAAGUCUCCAAGAACAGCAAGCAGAUCGUUGAGUUAUCGAAGGAGCUUGAAGAUACUAAGAGGGAAAUUGCUGCUAUCUCUUCUAAAGCUGCAUCUGCCCCACCUCCCCCGCCGCUCCCUGGGGCGGCUGCGGUCCCACCGCCUCCCCCGCCGCUCCCUGGGCCGGCUGCGGUCCCGCCGCUCCCUGGGCCGGCUGCGGUCCCGCCGCCUCCCCCGCCGCUCCCUGGGCCGGCUGCGGUCCCACCGCCUCCCCCGCCGCUCCCUGGGCCGGCUGCGGUCCCACCGCCUCCCCCGCCUCCCCCGCCGCUCCCUGGGGCGGCUGCGUUCCCACCGCCUCCCCCGCCGCUCCCUGGGGCGGCUGCGUUCCCGCCCCCUCCCCCUCCGCUCCCUGGUGGUCCUGGGAUCCCGCCCCCUCCCCCUCCGCUCCCUGGAGGUCCUGGGAUCCCACCGCCUCCUCCAGGAAUGGGUGCCCCUCCUCCGCCCCCUGGGUUCAGGAGCUGGGGAGCCCCUGCACCUCCAGCUCUCCCCUAUGGAUUGGCUCCAAAGAAACAAUAUAAGCCAGAGGUGCAGCUGCGGAGACCUAAUUGGUCUAAGAUUGUGGCAGAGGAGCUCUCCCAGGACUGUUUCUGGACCAAGGUAAAAGAAGAUCGAUUUGAGAACGAUGAGCUCUUUGCCAAGCUAACGCUCACCUUCUCUGCCCAGACUAAGUCAAAGCAAGACCAGGAAGGCGGACCGGAGAAGAGUACACAAAAGAAAAAGGUCAAAGAGCUGAAAGUGUUGGAUUCAAAGAGUGCACAGAAUCUCUCGAUUUUCCUGGGCUCCUUCCGUAUGCCUUACGAGGAGAUCAAGAAUGUAAUCCUGGAGGUGAAUGAGGCUGUGCUGACUGAGUCCAUGGUGCAGAACCUGAUUAAGCAGAUGCCAGAGCCAGAGCAGCUGAAGAUGCUGUCAGAGCUGAGAGACGAGUACGAUGAGCUGGCUGAGUCUGAGCAGUUUGGUGUUGUGAUUAGCUCGGUUUCCCACCUGCGGCCCCGCCUCAACGCCAUCCUUUUCAAGCUGCAAUUUAAUGAGCAGGUGGAGAACAUCAAGCCUGAGAUUGUCUCCGUAACAGCAGCCUGUGAGGAAGUGCGUAAAAGUAAGAGCUUUUCCAGCCUGCUGGAGAUAACCCUACUGGUGGGCAACUUCAUGAAUGCAGGCUCCAGGAAUGCUGGUGCCUUUGGCUUCAACAUUAGCUUCCUCUGCAAGCUCCGAGACACAAAAUCCACUGAUCAGAAGUUAACAUUGCUGCACUUCCUGACUGAGCUGUGUGAGCAGCAGUAUCCCGACAUAAUGAAGUUCCCUGAUGAGCUCAUCCACGUGGAGAAAGCCAGUCGAGUCUCCACUGAGAAUUUACAGAAGAAUUUGGAUCAGAUGAAGAAACAGAUUUCAGAUCUGCAGCAUGAUGUUGAGAAUUUCCCCAGUGACACAGACAAGAAGGACAAAUUUGUGGAAAAAAUGACCAUCUUUGUGAAGGAUGCUCGAGAGCAAUAUGAAAAGCUGCAAAUGAUGUACUCAAACAUGGAUAACCUUUUUAAGGAGAUGGGCCAGUACUUCCUGUUUGACCCCAAGAAAAUGUCCGUUGAGGAGUUCUUCAUGGAUCUGCACAACUUCAGGAACAUGUUUCUGCAAGCUGCCAAGGAGAAUCAGAAGCGGCGUGAGACAGAGGAGAAGAUGCGCCGAGCUAAACUGGCCAAGGAGAAAGCUGAGAAGGAAAGACUGGAGAAGCAGCAGAAGAGAGAGCAGCUGAUAGACAUGAAUGCAGAGGGUGAUGAGACAGGGGUGAUGGACAGCCUGAUGGAGGCCCUGCAGUCAGGAGCAGCGUUCCGGAGGAAGAGAGGACCUCGCCAGGACUCUCUCCUGUCACUCUGUGAGGUGGAGGAGGAUACACCUGAGCGGCAAAGAGAAAAGCCGGCUGUGCUGUCACCUCACUGCUAGCCUCAGAGCUGAUGAAAGACGAUGCGCUGAGUGCAGUACCAAGCAAGGCAGUAAAGCGCACCGAGGCAGCAACGGAUGGAGGG